UAAGCAAGACGGGUCACUUUUAAAACUUGAAAGCUUGACCUGAAUCAGCCAAGGUUUUAGUCGAAUCGAGUACCGCGAAGAAACCUCCACAAGUGAAGAACAACGAGCGAAUCGCUGAUAAUGGAGGAAGCACCGAAGACGUUGGCUCACCAAAUCGGAGGGAUCCAGAACGACGCCCUUCGUUUCGGCCUCCAUGGCGUCAAGAGCGACCUCGUCGGAUCUCAUCCUCUCGAUGUUGCCCACCGAUCGACAAUUAAGACUCAUGAAGACAUGAAGAGAAAGGUCCUUGCAAACACUUACGGAUCCGCCUUUCCUUUGAAGAUGGACCUGGAUAGGCAAAUUCUUACUCGAUUUCAGAGGCCACCUGGACCUAUUCCUUCUUCAAUGCUUGGUUUGGAAGCCUUGAAUGGAAGCUUGGAUGACUUUGGUUUUGAGGAUUAUCUGAAUGAUCCUCGCGAGUCUGAAGUUUAUCGCCCUCAGGACAUGCACCAUGGAAUGGAGGUUCGCCUGGGGAUUUCUAAAGGACCAGUCUGCCCGAGUUUCGUGUAAUUUCAAGCUGUGUUUGACCUUUUGUUAGCAGUACUGGGGAUGGGGCACGCAAUCGUCGUCGAACAAAUUUGAUAAUUCCACCUUUCCUGUAUUGUUGGGAUCUGAAUGUUUUAAUAGACCUGGGAGAUGUACAACACUCUUUGCUAGCGUUUAUCAGACUAUAUUGCAUCAUCGUCUGAAUUCUAAAUGUGGGUUGGUUUAUAUGGCAUGUCUCAUAGAUCCUCUUACGAAUUUGCUUGGCAUGAUUCACG